AUGAGUCUCAUAUCUCAAAAUAUUCCGUCGGCUUUUAAAGCUCGCAAGACUAAUAGGGAGGAUACAGAUGAGCCAUCAUUUCUGCAAGGGAAUGAACACAAUGGAGAUGGAAAAGAAUCUAGUUUAGAUAUUAUGAGGACAAAGAAGAGAAAGAAAGCACGCAAGGAUGAUGAUGAGAAGGUGGCAGCUGAGCAGGAAAGGGAAAUGAAGAAGCUGGAAAGCUUUUUGUUUGGAUCAAUUUAUUCCCCAGUUAAAUUUGGGAAGGAGGAUGAGGAGGAAGCUGGGGACACUGUGGAUACAGGCUCUGCUUUAUUCUUCGUGGACCGUUCUGCAAAUAGUUUGGCCCCUAUUUAUGAAGAGGAUGCAGACUUCUCGGAAGAGGAGAAUAAGCGAAGGAAACCUGUCUGGGUGGAUGAUGAAGAGGAAAAGGCCAACAUAAAUAUUGCUAAAGUUAACAGACUAAGGAAGCUGAGGAAGGAAGAGAAUGAGAGUUUGAUUUCGGGUUCAGAGUAUGUGUUAAGAUUGAGGGCUCAACAUGCUAAGCUGAACCCAGGCACAGAAUGGUCUCAACUUGAUUCAAAGUUCAGGAACAAUAGAUAUUCUGAUGAUGAAUCAUCAGAUGACGAAAAUGGGGUUGUAGUGGCCCGUGGCUACAAGGAUGUAGAAGCUGUUGAUGAUCUUCUUCGUACAAAUGAGGAUCUUGUUGUGAAGAGCAGUGGCAAAUUGUUGCCUGGACUUCUUGAAUAUUCAGUACUUGUGAAUGGAAAUGCAGAGGAACCUUCUAAAGGUCCAAUUAAUUCAGUACAGUUUCAUAGAAAUGCUCAGUUGCUCCUCACUGCUGGGUUGGAUCGAAGGCUUAGAUUUUUUCAGAUUGAUGGAAAACGGAAUACUAAAAUAGAAAGCAUCUUCCUUGAUGAUUGUCCCAUUCGAAAGGCAUCUUUUUUGCCUGAUGGAUCUCAGGUUAUUAUAGCUGGAAGGAGGAACUUCUUUUACAGCUUUGAUUUAGUGAAGGCAAAGGUUGAUAAAAUAGGUCCCCUGGUUGGCAGAGAGGAAAAAAGCUUAGAAGUUUUUGAGGUUUCCCCUGAUUCUAGCACAAUUGCCUUUGUGGGCAAUGAAGGUUAUAUCUUGUUGGUUUCCUCUAAAACGAAGGAAUUGAUUGGGACACUCAAGAUGAAUGGAACUGUUCGCUCUUUAUCUUUUGCCAAUGAUGGGAAGCAAUUAUUGAGCUCCGGCGGUGAUGGACAGGUUUACCACUGGGAUCUGAGAACAGGGGCCUGCUUCCACAAGGCAGUUGAUGAAGGUUGCAUAAAUGGUACAGCUUUGUGUACAUCUCCAAAUGGGACCAUGUUUGCUGCUGGUUCAGACAGUGGGAUUGUCAAUAUUUACAAUAGAGAGGAGUUUUUAGGGGGAAAGAGAAAACCUAUCAAGGCCAUCGAGAAUCUUACUACCAAAGUAGAUUUUCUGAAGUUCAAUAAUGAUGCUCAAAUAUUGGCUAUUUGUUCAAGCAUGCAGAAGAACAGCUUAAAGUUGGUACAUGUUCCAUCAUUUACUGUAUUUUCCAACUGGCCUCCUCAGAAAAAGGCCCUACAUUAUCCCCGAUGUUUGGAUUUUAGUCCUGGCGGAGGCAUCAUGGCUGUGGGUAAUGCUGCUGGAAAAGUGUUAUUGUACAAGUUGCAUCAUUACCAUCAUGCAUAG